UAAUUACAAUAUUUUUUGUUAUUACUUGUAAUUUUUUAAUUAUUAUUAUUAUUGUUGUUAUAUUGAUCAACAGACAACGAUUAUUCGCGGAGUAUUGUAGAAUUGUUAAUGCCUUUAUGGCCGCCAAUUGGCCAGAACUGUAGAAUUUUAACAUUUUAAAUUAUUAUUUUUUAUACUAUUCUACAUUUUGGUUGAUACUAUACAAUUUUUGUAUAUUUACUAAGUCAAUAUCAUUGAAAUUUAAAUACAAGUUACAUUAAUAUAUUAAGUCUGAAAAGUAUACACAUUUAUAAAAAAUACAUAAUAUUAUAUAUGUAUCAUUAACAUCAGUUUAUACAUUUAAAUUUGAAGAAAUACUAUUACUUUGAUAACAUCAGAUUAGUCACGAUUGUAGUGUUUUUAGUCAAAAAUUAUUUUACGAACUUUUGUAACAAACUUGUAUUCAAAAGGACAUUCAAUCUAAACAUUGGUAUUUGGCUUAAUUUUUAAGAUGUUUCCGAUGGAAGAAUCAGAUGAAGUAUUUGAUGCCGUAAUCCGUUAUGGUUUAUACUUGGUUGCCAUUUUUCAAUUAGUAUGCAUAACAACUGUAUUUUUAUUGACUGACCAAUCUAAUGACUCAAAAGAUAACGGUGAUGGUAGUGAAUAUGACUCUGAUGGCAGUACAUUUGCAUCACCCAGACGUCCAUAUUCUCAUCAUAGAUCAAGAAAACAAGACAAGAAGAAAAGACGAUGAGUUAAAAUAAUUUAUACUUGUAAAAUUGUUCCUUUUUUUAAGUUUAGAAAUUUAUUAUAGUAAUCUAUUUCUAAUAGGUUUUUUUUUAUAUACACAACCUUAAACUUUUAAAUCUCAUUUAUGUAUUUUACUAAUAUUAUUUAUAUAUUACCAUUUAUAUUGUUUGUUUAUACGACCUCUUCAAUAUGUAAAAUUAGAAAAAAACUAUUCUUAAUAGAAUUUAAAAUAAGUUUUUAAUAUAUUUUUUUUAUCAAAAUUCUGUUGUUUAUAUAAUAUAUUACAUAUUAUGUAUAUUAUAUAAUAUAUAAACUGGUGGGUUAUCAGUCACAUGACCAGAAAAAAUAUGGCUAGAAAUAUCAAACAAUUAUGAAUUCAUUAUUUUUGAUCAAGUACAUUUUUUAGAUUAUUUGACUUAUUCUAUAUAUUAUUCAUGUUCAAGUUACACUACACUAUUUUUACUUCAAAUAUUAGAUAUCUUUAAAAUGUAUGACUUUAAAUAAAUUGAGGAAAGAA